CCUUCUGAUAUUAUACAUGUACUGCAUAUACAUUCUUUCCAUUUCUCUGCUAAAUAUUGUCAACGGCUCUUCUCCAAAACCUAUUUUUCUCAAUUCGUUUCUCUCUUUUGUAUGAAAAUCCCUGCAAGACAUUGCAAUUCGUACAGAAUUUCUUGAUGUAACUAAUGUAAAAUCAUAUGCACAAACAAGAACGCGCACUAAAACCCACAAAACUAGUUACACACUGUUCAUCUUAACAAUGAAUACUGAGCCUAAGAAUUCAGAAGCUGGUUUGAUUAAAAAAAUCCACGAAAACCCAGAAAAUUCUGCAGAGUCUGGCAACAAGAAGAUCAAGAGAAACCGAGAAAGUGCCACCAACGGAAAACAUCCUGUCUACCGGGGAGUUCGAAUGCGGAACUGGGGGAAAUGGGUGUCUGAAAUUCGAGAGCCACGCAAGAAAUCGCGUAUAUGGCUCGGAACGUUCCCUACACCAGAAAUGGCUGCUCGUGCUCAUGAUGUAGCUGCUCUGAGCAUUAAAGGCAACUCCGCCAUACUGAAUUUUCCGGAAAUUGCAGCCGCCCUGCCGCGGCCAGUUUCACUUAGUCCACGAGAUGUUCAGGCGGCGGCGGCUAAAGCAGCUGCGAUGGAGAAGUUUGAUUUGAUAAAAAAGCCUUCAUCUUCUUUGUCAAGUACUUUGUAUUCAUCAUCAUCAUUGUCGUCUCUCGUUUCUGCUAUAGAUCUCUCAACAACUUCAGAAGAAUUAAGUGAGAUUGUGGAAUUGCCUAGUCUUGGAUCGUAUUUCGACUCGCUGGAACUGAGGAAUGAUUUUGUUUAUCUUGACAACGGGUGGUUUGACUUCGAUCCUCCUCCACCGCAGUGGCUGAGCGGCGGCAAUGGUGGUGGUGGUAGCGCUGCUGCUGAUGAUGAAAAUUCAAGCUGCUUUGAAUCUUCGAUAUGGAAUUAUUAGUGUUUGUACCUAUCUUGGUUUGUCUUAAAUUGUGUGUUUUAGGCAAUUAGCCCUUUCCAUUUUUCAUUGAAGGGCUAAAGAAGCUUCUUCAUCCCCCACCCCUCCAACUCUCUUUGUAUGUUUUUGAACCUUUCCCAUGAAUCUAACCAUACAGUUUCAGGGUCUCAUAAAAUUCCUCUAUGGUUUGAUGCAUACAAAUUACACUCACUAAACUCACUCUC